ACUUGUCAUUGUCAAACGAAGUUUAUUUUUGAGGUGUCGAUCCAAAAUAUUUCUAUGAAAAAAAACUUAACUUUGCAAUUUGCAAAGUAAAUAAAAUCGUGAUCAUGAGUACAAUAAUUAAAGUAGCAAACGAGCAAGAAAUUAUCAAAAAGUUAACUUCGUACAUUGAGAAAAUAUCUAACGAUGCUAUUUUGAAUCGUGGAAAGUUUUUCGUCGGCCUUUCCGGAGGUUCAGUAGUAAAGUACUUAUGUGAAGGACUGCCACAAGUGGACACAGCGUGGGAUAAAUGGGUGCUAGCUUUUUGUGACGAGAGAGUGGUGGCAGAAGAUAGUGAGGACUCGACAUUUGGGACAUACAACAAACAGUUGAUACCAAAAAUUGGUUUGGACAGACAACAGUUUGUUGUGCUUAAGCAGGGACUUUCAGCUAGUCAAGCAGCCAAAGACUACACUGAGCAGUUGUCAAAAGCAUUCCAAGGUGAUGACUUUAAAUUUGACCUGCUUCUGUUAGGCAUGGGUCCUGACGGUCACACAUGCUCCCUAUUCCCAAGUCACCCUCUCCUUGAAGAGACCACAUUGAAAGUGGCACCAAUCACUGACUCACCUAAACCUCCCCCAGAAAGAAUAACACUAACUUACCCAGUUAUAAAUAAUGCAAGAAAUUGUAUCUUCGCUAUAAGUGGAGCUGGAAAAGCAGAUAUGAUUAAACGUAUACUGAAAGAUAAAGAAGACCUGCCGGCAGGCAGAGUGAGACCAGCAACAGGUUCAGUCUACUGGAUCGUGGAUGAUGCAGCGGCAGCACAUUUAUAGAUGAUCUUUGACAUUUUUUGAUAAUGAUAUUUUGGUAGUAAGGGUAAUUUUGAUAGAAUGUAUUGUUUGUGAUACUACUUUAAUUAUGUAUAUGGUGCCUUGAAAUUUUAAAUAAAUGUUAAAUACAUUCCUAUUUUUUUAAUCAA